UGUCGAGGCGAGUCAGCUCAUGUAAACAUCAUCAGCGCACACAGUGUUAAUCGAUCAGUGAAAGUUGUGAAAGGUAUGGUACAACGUGUCAGCUUUCCGACUUGCCUGGAUGCAUAGUGAGCGAUUGGUCCAUAGCUUGGCGCUAGGCAGAGGGUAAAGAGCUUGAAUCUCCAGAGUACGGUAUUUUCUUAGAAAUGGCUCGAUUUAGAACUAAAAAGUGUUUGCUGGUCGUGAGUGUGGCUGUGGUGAUUUUGUUCAUGGUCAAGACAUUUUUGAUGGCCGGGGAGAUGUCGGGGAGUGGAGAUGACAGCGGGCUUGACGGGAAGCAGCCGCCCGGCGGCAGGCCUAACGAGCACCAUCAAGAUGGUAACAAAAUGAAAAUUGCUGAUUUAGCCCUCGAUGUCCAGGGGGUUGGCAUCGACCGCCCGCCUAUACACAAGGAAGCUCACAACUUUGGCUCACCGGUUCAGCAGGGUGCCUCAUUGAAAUCAUCCCUGGGGAACUACGAACUGGAACAACCUCCUCGCAAGGCUGGCCCUGGGGAGAUGGGGCUCCCAGUCCGAACCAGUCCAAAGGAACAAGAGGCGGAAGAGAAGAGCAUUAAGGAGUACGGUUUCAACCAGUACGUGAGCGACAAGAUAUCACUGGAUCGAAAUAUACCAGAUCUGAGAAAUGCACAAUGCAAAUACUGGCACUACCCAGAAAAGCUACCAACGACCAGUGUCAUCAUAGUCUUCCACAAUGAGGGCUGGUCCACACUGCUUCGCACGGUGCACAGCGUCAUAAAUAGGUCGCCGCCGGAACUGCUUCAUGAAAUCGUCAUGGUGGACGAUUUCAGCACCAAAGACCACUUAAAGAAGAGACUAGAUGAUUAUGUGGAGUCCCCGCAAUUCAUGGGUAAAGUCAAAGUCGUCCACAACAAGCGACGGGAAGGCCUCAUCAGGACACGCAUCAUUGGAGCCCGGGCGGCCACUGGGGACGUGCUGCUGUGGUUGGAUGCACACUGUGAGGUUGGCAUUAAUUGGUUGCCGCCGCUGCUCACACCCAUCGCUGUCAAUAGGACAACAGCGGUCUGCCCCAUCAUUGACGUGAUCGACAACCAGAACUACAGAGUAUACCCUCAGGGCACAGGUGACCAGGACCGAGGAGGGUUUGACUGGAGCCUUUACUGGAAACACUUCCCCCUCCCGGAGUUUGAGAAAACGCGGAGAAAAUAUGAGACGGAGCCCUACAGAUCACCGGCGAUGGCAGGAGGCCUGUUUGCCAUGGAUCGCAAGUUUUUCUUUGAGCUCGGAGCCUAUGAUGAGGGACUAGAAAUCUGGGGAGGAGAAAACUUUGAACUGUCCUUCAAGAUAUGGAUGUGUGGCGGUUCUCUCAUCUGGGUCCCCUGCUCCAGAGUAGGCCAUGUUUAUAGAAUUCUUGGUAGGGUACCAUACUCGUCUCCAAACGGAAGCAUGAUGAUGUUAAGUGAAAGGAAUCUCAAGCGAGUUGUGGAAGUCUGGUUUGAUGACUACAAGGAGUAUUUCUACCGCAGUAAGCCCGAGGCCAUGUUGGUCUCGGUGGGCGACCUGGAGAAACAGCUGGCUUUCCGUCGGAGGAUGAAAUGCCGGUCUUUCACCUGGUACAUGUCAGAGAUUGCACCGGACAUUGUGGACAAGUAUCCCUUGCCAGCUGCCAAUAUACAGUGGGGAGAGGUUAAAACGGCUGGUGCCCGUCUGUGUGUGGACUCAAUGGGCCAGAAGGAUGGUGGCAAGAUAGGCAUGUCGUACUGCCAUGGUGCUGGCGGGAACCAACUCUUUAGACUAACGGAAGAUGGCCAGUUCCGUAUUCACGACCAGUGUGCCUACAAAUCCUCUUCCGACAUCAGGUUACGACGGUGCGACACAACCAAGUACCACUGGGCUUACAAUACGGACACUCAAGCACUUUAUAUAGCAGACCAGAAUCUUUGUCUGGAUCACAGAGCAACCAGCAAAGAGCUUUUUAUGAUGACGUGCGAUCCGGCAAAGAAGACGCAACAUUGGGAAAUCUCCUCCAAGGGCCUCAAGCAUCACUGAUGUUUUGUCUCUAGCAGUUGGCCUCUCCAUCUCGUUGGUUUGUCAAGAGGAAGUGCGUAAGUGGAGAUGCCUGGAGAGUGAAAUGGUCCGUGAACAUGUUAUGUUAACAUGAGCCUGGUUUAUUUGGAGAAGUUAACAGUGACGUUUACAUGUGCUGUUACAUAUACAUGCACAGUACUAGGCUUUUCCUUGGCUUGGCACAUCAAGGUGUGGGGCCAUUUGGAAUCACUAUUGACAGUGUUGAUUAUUGUAUUCCACAAGUUCAUAUUAGAAGGUAUAUUUUACUACAUUCAUUCCAAAAUUCGAAUCCCAAAUUCCAGCCAGUUGUAAAUAUUGCUGAUGUCAGCAUUGAUGCUGUUUGUAUGCAAUAGUUUGGUUAAUAAUAUACAAUAGUAAAGAAUAAAGAAAAGGCUUUUGCAAACAUGGUAUGUCAUAAUACCUCUGCUUAAAAUAAAUAUUGGGCAUGUUAAAUAUUAGGCAUGUCGCUAUAAUGGAUUUUUGUUAGGAUAAGUUCAUGGAAAGUUGAUUGUGUGAUAGCAAUUUUAUUUAUUAACCCUGUUGCCAUUUUGGUGGAAGGGUCAAAAUAUCUUUUUAAAUGUUUUGUAGUAAUACUAAGGUGACUUCAGUGUUACUCUCAUCGGUUACAUGUCCGAUCACGGGUAAGUCACAAGUCAUUUCACGAGUCCAGUCUCAAGGAACAGGUGAUGGACAUGACCAAAGAUAUAUCUUUGCUCCAGUGAAUACCUUGCAUCUUGAUGGUACUAGAUGAGUGGUGGGCUUGCUAGGACUCGGCAUGGAUUUAUGACAGGCUCUGGUGCAACACUUGAAUGAUUUGCAGCCAGUAUGAUGCAGUAACUUCACUGAACUUGGGUAGAUUGUCCUGUGGAAUACUCAACAUGAUGGGGCCAAUUUUUAUUUUACUUUUUGAAAUAUAUUUCAGCAGUAAGUUCCAUGUGGCUAUACUACUUGUGCACCCCAUAACGAACCAACCAUGGAUGCUAGGCGUUAAUGUUUUGAUAAUGUGUGACCCACAAAAUAAGUUGUAAAGCCAUUUUAAUCAGCAUUGUUUUUUUUUAUUUUAUUGUUGCAUUACAAAGAGCAAACUGACCUCUUUGGAUGUAUUUCAGGUUUUGAUAGGUUGGGACAUAUGAAGUCAUCAGUGCCUUCAAAAGUCAAUGUGUGAGACCCUUGGAAAGAUAAGAACCAUUUAUUAACAACUGAAUUUGAAAUUACAACUCUCAUCUGAACUCAUCUCCUCUUUACAUAACACUAGCGUUAAAAAAAUUCUACCCUUUCAUCGCUGUACAUUUUAAAAAAGAAUUUAUCUCAGUUUUCAGUUUAGUUUUAGUUGAUGUAUCGUGGAUAAAAGCAAAAAAAAACUAAAUUGAUAAAAUAAGUUAUUCUAAUUUAGAGCUGAAAACUCAGAGUGGUCUAAUGUUUCAAUCCGAGCAUAAUUCUUUAGCAAAGGAAAAACUUACUUUUGUAAUAUUUCAGCUCUGUAUUGUAUUUUUUCACAUAAUUAACUUUCCAAAGUAUGGGACAUUCAUUCCCACAGUGUGCUACCAAUUCUGCAAUAUUAAUUUUAUCAACAAAGGAACUUGCUCACAAAUUACUGCAACAGCUUGCACAAAUUGACAUGAAAUCUCUGGUUCAUUUUAAUUAUAAAAACUGACAAUCAAGGCUAUGCACUCAUCAGCUUUCCUUUUUUUGCACCUCUGUUUUGUUAAAGGGUUGCCAAAACUCUGAUGUAGUGUUCGUAGGUUAUUUAUUGCAAUUCCUGUCCUGAAAUAAUGUCUUGCGGUUUUGCAGGUGUCAGUUCAUUUCUUUAUCUGUGCAUAUUGACCUAGCACAUGAGCCAGUGCUUCUCCUGAAAAACCCUGAUUUCCAAUGAAGUCGGAAUUUUUACACUUUUUUUGUUCACUUUAUGAAUUCAUCAAACACAGAGGAUUUUUGUUUCCUAAUGCUGAUUUCAUGAGAUGUGUUCAUUUUAGGUUUGAUGGAAGCAGAAUAUUGGAAAGCUGAAGAAAAGCACAAGGAAUUCUGUGGGCAAGAGACAUUUUUAAAAGGAUUUUGAAGGUUGGCUCAUUUUCUGAGUUAUGGCUGAAAUUUGGAUUCAGUGAAUGUAAUUUUGCAUUGGGAGUGUAGGUCAUUGAAUGGUAAAUGUCCACUACUUGAUAUAAUAUAAAAACACUUAUGUCAUAAAUGAAAACUUCUCAAGGUAAGAAUCAAGCCAUUUUUCUUUGGUGAGAAAUAUGUUGGACAUAUUUGAAACGAAUAUGGCCCGCCCAAAUUUAAUUUAAAAACUUUCAUUUUGACAUCAACACGAAAGUGGGACCCACUACUGACAGUUUUAUGUAUCAAUGUUUAAUGUAAAUAUAUUUAUUGAAAGUUUUUACAUAUAUGUGGGUGAAGGGUCAGUUUUUAUUAACAGUGAUAAUUUUUGAGACCUCAACAUCUCUUUUGUAUGUUUCCAUUAAUCAGCAAUCUGAAUUUGUGCUGGGUGGAGUACUAAAAUUAUUUUUGUAACAGCGGGUUUCAGUUUCAGCUGUAAACCACGAGGUCUUUAUUUCAAACAGAAAUGAUGGGAUACCAUUCCCACUAGCGUGAUUUUAAAGUGCUUCCACAUAUGUAAGCAAAUUUGAACAAAAAAAUUAAAUCUUACAGGUAUUUAUCAGAAAA